UUGACGUUUGUAGCAAAGACCGGCGGAUCAGACGAGCUGAAGGCGAUCAUCUCGGCCAUUUCCACCCUAGUAGAGGAGGCCACCUUUGUCGCAAACACCGAAGGAAUUACAUUCCGCGGAAUGGAUCCUUCGCAUGUGGCCCUGAUAGAUAUUCUAUGGCCCAACUCCGCCUUUGAGAGAUACGAGUGCGACAGCGACAUAAAAUUUGGGGUGCGGGUAGACGAGUUCUCAAAGCUGAUCAAGAGGGCAAGCAAGAAGGACAGCAUUGAGAUAAGCAUCUCAGAGAACAACAUGCUUUUAGUCACAAUAGGCAAGAACAAAAAGUACAAGAUGCGGCUGAUUGAGAGCUCCGUCACAGACACUCCGCUGCCAAAGAUUACCUUUGACGUAAAGAUUGGGCUUACCACGGGCACCUUUGACAAGAUACUGGGCGAUGUGCAUGUGGUGUCUGACUAUCUUACCAUAUCCACCACCGAGUCUGGCGCCGUGUUCUCGGGAAAGGGAGACGCAGGCGAGGUAACAAUCGGGAUGAGUCUGGGGAAGGAGGAGGACGAUGCAGACUCGAUAAAGAGCAUGGAUGUAAAGGCCGACGGCACCGGAUCCUACAGCCUCGAAUACCUCAAUCCCAUAGUAAAGGCGGUGGGAUCCACCGCCGAGAUCAUCACAUGCGAGUACUCGGAGUCAAAGCCGCUCCGCAUAGAAUUCAUGGUGGCAAACAUCGGCAGAAUCCACUUUUACCUAGCACCCCGCGUCGACAACUAA